GGCAGCAGCUUGUCUGUCACUGCGGGCGCUGAAACACAAAACCUUUCUUGGAAACAGAUUCCUGGAACCGCCGUCAGUCCAAACUGAACUGAGCUGUUUUCUGUCCUGCAGUUCACUGAAUAUAGAGCACACACACUCCGCUGCGCUCACACACGCACAGCUGACCACCGCCAGCAAAGCACACACGCAAGGAUAUUUAUUCUUUUAUUAUUUUUUAUUAUUAUUACUUCUAUCGGUAUAGUGAUAAGGAAUAUUUACCUUUUUUCGCCAUCAUCCGAAAAUAUUUUAUUAAUUAUUUACCGCGAGGGACCGCUGGACUGUUUGUCAACUGUUGCUGGUCGUGAUCCUUAUGAUUUUCUUUGAUUUAAGAGCUGCUGUCAGUAAGAAAUGGUUGCCCGGUCAGUGACCAUUCUCCAUCAUGAGGAGCGAGGAGGUUCAUGCCAUCCACAUCCCUCUCCUCCACCCAUUGACCCAGCCGAGGACCUCCGCUGCAUCACCACCACCUUCCAGCAUCUACAGACCUCAGGCUGGUACUGGGGCUCCAUUUCAGCGAGUGAAGCUCGGGACGCUCUCCUAAAAAAGUCUGAAGGCACAUUUCUCAUGCGGGACAGCAGUCAUCCCCAGUACAUGCUGGCGCUGUCAGUGAAAACCCGCUGUGGACCCACCAGCGUACGCAUCGAAUACAGCAGGGGCCUUUUCUGGCUGGACUCCAUUUCCCCCGGCCUGCCUCACCUGCAGUCCUUCCCAAAUGUUCUCAGCCUCAUACAGCACUACACGGCCUCAGGCCACACGCCACAGGGCCAGGCAUCUGAUGACAUCCACCCACAAACGAAGCCUGACUCUGCAAAGCAUCCGGCAAAGGACAGCGGAGUGCCUCUGAAGCUAUUGCACCCCCUGCACAAACCAGAGGCCUUCCCCUCUCUGCAGCACCUGACGCGCCUCACCAUCAACAGACACACAAACUGCCCCGACCAGCUGCCACUCCCAAAGCCUCUGCUGCGAUACCUGCAGGACUACCCCUUCCACAUAUGAGGGUCUCUGUUCCUCUGGUGGAGGACACAGAGACAGGGACAUGGGUCACUCUCCAUGACCACACACACUAUGAAUCUGGGACAGUCUGACACGCCACGCAACAGCGAACAGCCCGGAGAGAGAAUACUGAGAUGAAUGAACUCAGUCUUACUACACUGCUGCUGUUGUUCCUAAGAAUCGUAUAUUUUAUUAUUUUCACGUCUGUUUAAGCUGCUGUAAAUUGGUUAUGUUUCUACAAUGCAACAUGUGAGUUUUUUUAUUUGCACCACCAGUGAGAAGAAAGUCACGCAGGGUUUUUAUUUUUGCAGGUUUUCCCAAUUGUUUUCACAUAGGACAGCCCAGACUUAUCAAAAAUAACUCAGUGAAAUGAACAGCUACUGCAGAGAGGGUUGGUUGGAACAACAAAUAGAUCACAUCAGAAUUCAUUUGGAUUUUUUUUCCUUGUCUUUCUUUGUUUUGGAGCUCAUUCUGCAGGAUGUGAGGUUUGCAAAGAGUGCUAACAAAGCAAUGUUUAUUCAUUCAUCCUGAAAUCAAUGAACCUGGUGAACUGCAGGGCUAAGCCAACAGUGGUGUCAUGUAAGACUUUUGGGUACGACUAUAGUCAUCACAAAACCUCUUAAAGGUCCAAUGUGUCAUUUUUAGGCUGGAUUUCAUGGCAUUUAGGGGUGCAGAUUGCAACCAGAUGACACUUCACCUGCAUGCUAAGCGUGAACUGGUUAGAAUUCCUUCAGUGUUCAUUGAUCAGGAGGUUUUAACUGGGAGCAACAUUAACCACAGGGGGCUCUGUCUCUCCAAAGGCAACAGACCAGGUGAUUUAAACUGCUAAAAACACUGAAUAAAGCAGUCUGACAUUCAAAAUUCAGUGUUUUUGCCGCUUUCGUCAUGGAGGGGCUGCCCACUGCAGCGGCAGAUGAGAAAAAAAUGAAAAGCCCUAUCUGGAGCCAGUGUUUGGUUUGCUUGUUCAGGGUUGUUGUAGAAACAUGGCGGUGCAGCGUGACAAUCUUAGUCGACAAAGACUCACUCCUUAUGUAGAUACAUAAAGAACACAUUCAAAAGGCAAUGAAAAUGAAACAACAAUUCUUAUUUUCAGGCGAUUAUACACUAAGAAAAAAUAAUUAUUAUAUUAUAUUACAUUUCUGCCAAAUACCCCCAUAAAUCCUACACACUGGUCGUGUAAUCAUCUCUUUUCUCCAUAUUUUUAAAACAUUUUUUUUAGUAUUAUGGCUGUCCUGAUACAGCGUGCAUUCUGAUCAUUAUGUUGUUUGGAACUAAAGACCCUUAAUUUCUGAAUGUCUGGAUUUUAUUCUGGUGAAAUCCAGGCACAGUAUAAUAGCUGUGGGUUCACUGAUAAGACGUGCUGUUAGCAAUAUUAUGAGCUGACGUAUGACAUGCAGAGAGGAGGGCCCAGAGGUGGGAAACAAAUCAUUUUUAAAAGCUAUAAUACAGGGUAACGUGUGUGUUUUGUAUUCCUCUAUGUGCAAAAUUGUUUUCUAAAGUCAGAAAUAUUACAAAAUAAUUUUCAGCAUGAACAUCUAAGAAAAAAAAGUGUUGUUAGCUAUUAAAGGAUAUCUGUUUACAAACUGCUGGUUUUAUUCUCAGAAGAGGAUCAUUCAUGCCUGUGGAUUUCAGAGAAAUAAACCUCAGAAAUGUU